AUGGCACCUGCUUACGCUACUGAUACUGCUCCUGACCAGAAAGAUCCUUCUUUCGAGAGAUCCAGUUUCACCAAUCAAGGAGAAGUAACGAAAGACAAUGAUGGUAGCCAGCCUACUCUACGCAAAAUCAAGAAUGGCCUUCAUGACAUGAAAGAAAAUGUCAAAGAUGUGUUUGGACGUGAUCAUCCUCGGGGAGAAGAAUCCGAGAAGAUACCGCAAGACGGCAAAACGAAUCCCAUGGAAUGA